AUGGCCGGCGAUCAUUCCCCCAGGCUCGCAUGCCAUUGCGCCAUAUGCGGUGAGUCGUUCGGCAGUAAAGGUGAGCUGAGUGACCAUGCUGCCAAUCACAAAGACGCUUCUUCAAAUCAUACUUGCAAUGAUUGCGGUCGUACCUUGAACAGCACACACGCCCUGGAGAUCCACUGCAUUCAGGAAAACCACGCUCGGCCAGCCUUCACAUGCGACAAGUGCAACCGGACCUUCUGCUCACAGAGGGACUUCCUCGAUCACUCCAAGUCACUUAGUGAGUGUGAAGCGGCUGUUGAAGGCGAAGAGGUCGAGAUGCCUAUCUACUGCGAUCGUUGCCAAGAGACAUUCACCACCCAGAAGGGGUUCAACAGACACCGGAGCAAUUUGAACAACCAGUGUGCAGACUUUAGGCAUGCCGCACCCAAGAAGUCGCCUUCGCCUACUACCAACAAAUACGUUGAUCUGGACAUACCCAAAGACGACCACCCUACUAUAACCGACUACGGCGAGGAGGGGGUGACGCAACCGUCAAUCCUGCAGACGAAGACUAAUGAGAAUGUCAUACAAUGCCCUCAAUGCAAGAAGACCUUUCAUUCUUAUGGCCACUACAACAGCCAUUGGCUAGGUUGCACUCUUGUUGCUUCUAGUCCAAAGACUCAGACGGUCGCUACAGAGCUUCAUGCGAAGGUCAAGGCUAGUAAACCAGCACGUAAGAACACACAUCCAUUGGUUGUCAACUACACCAACCCCCAAGGCCCGAAUUUGGUAGUGGCCUCCCCGAUGCAGACAGUAACGCUGAACACACGUCCGCCGGUCCGACAAGCACAACAGGUCUCCGAGGCGACGUCUUCACGAGCGCCCCCUGCUCACUACCCACCCGUCGCUGAUGAGCAAGCCGCUAAUGGUGCCGUCUUCGUCUGUGAUAUCAACGGUUGUGAGAAUCUUGGAUGCUCAACGCUCGAGAGCGAGAUCGACUACGACAAGAGGGUCUUCUACGUCAGCCUUCGGGGUCGUCUCGCGGUCGCGGUGGUGGCCACUCGCCUCGGAGGCCCCUUGCGACUGCUCGCCCGCCUCCUUCUGCGGCUCGUCCAUCUCAUGCUGCGGCUCGUCCACCUCCUGCCACUAUUCGUCCAUCUCCUGCCACUACUCAUCCAUCUCCCGCCACUACUCGUCCGCCUGCUGCUGCUAGUCAAUCACCCAUCAACGGUAGAUCUUCCGGUCCCCUUCACCAUCCUCAGCAUCAGCAGCCUGUGCCGAGUCAUGUACCAAGCAAAGAACGUUCAAGCCAAGAUUUUGCGGCUUCUUAUUCAGGCAAACAUCUUCAUCGGCCAUGAAGGCAAUGUUACCGUCUGUGACCUUAAGUGGACUAGGGUCCAAGUUUACAGGCAGCCCGAGGUCCUGGCAGCAUUUGAUCGCAUGUGUCAUCUGCCCAAGAUACUGCAAAGCGAAUACUUGCCCGUCCCAAAGGCCUUCAAAGACGAUUACACUAUCCAGUAUCCCUCUACCGAAUUUGAGUCUGCACCUGCGCACGACACAAAGAAACCUGCCCUCCGUGUCGUUGCCCUCUCAUGUAGCAGAAUCGUUCUUGCAGAUGGCCUUCAAGAAGUAGUCAAGAUUGCGGCGGUCGACGUCCUCACUUGUCGUAUUCUCAUGAACCACCUCGUCUGCACAGAUCCAGACGCGGAGGUCAGGAACUGGUGCUCAACAGUCACCGGGCUUUUCGGCUGGGCAGACUUUGAAGCGGCACGAAGGUUUGGCUACAGGGUCUUCAAGGGAUGGCCGGCAGCUCGCGCCGCGUUGUGGAAGUUCAUCGACAAGGAUACCAUUGUGGUCGGCCACAAUCUACGCUCCGAUCUCGACGCAUUGCGCAUGAUUCACGGACGCGCCGUUGAUAUUGCCAAAGUUGUUGAAAAGGCAGCCAACGGUCCACUCAACAAAGCGCAGCUGAGUUUGGACAGCUUGUGUCGCGACUACCCUGCCAUCACCCUCAAGAGCGAUCCCGAAUAUGGUCGCGAUGUGCUCUUGAAUGCAUUUUCCAUCCGCGAGUUUGGCUUGUGGGUCGUCAAAAACGAUCAAAAGUUCCAGAAAAAUGCAAAGCAGAAGAGUCUGGACUACCAACGUGUCAUGCCAAGUGCUGUUGCAGUAACUUGA